GGCAGCUACCUUGCGACAGUCAAUUUACAGAUCGUUGGGGGAUGUGCUCAAUCUCCUUCCAAUACAACAAAGACGUACUUGUUCUUCUGCCAAGAGCUGAAUCGUAACGAAAGAUGGCAAAAUAACCUUAAAUAAAAGAUCUCCCAGCUUAUCGUAGAUCCUAUGAGAUAUGUGCUGGGGAACAAUACUUUUCCAGCGAGUGUGACCGAAGCGAUUCCCGAUCCGAAAUGGCCAGCCACGACAAUCGACCGGACGAUUUGUCCUCCGAAGACGAUGGUGGGUUCGAUCUGCGACAGGAGAUCGCACGCAGCGCCUUCGCCGAUAUGUGCCACGACUGGGAGCGUAACCAAAAGUACGACCGGGCUCUGCAACUGACGAUCGCUAGGUUGCAUGCGGAAGGCCAAGAGGCACACGUGCUAGACAUCGGCACCGGUAGUGGCCUUCUCUCCAUGAUGGCCAUACGAGCCGGGGCCGAUAGUGUGGUUGCCUGUGAAGCUUUCCGUCCAAUGGCAGACUGUGCGGAGCAGGUACUGGCAGCUAAUGGGAUGCAGAACCGGGUGCGCUUGCUGAAGAAACGAUCGACGAAGGUGUCCGUGGGUCCGGGCCUCGAUAUGGAACGGCGAGCGAACGUACUGGUGACCGAGUUGUUCGACACGGAACUGAUCGGCGAAGGAGCCCUUGGAACGUAUCGGCAUGCGUUGGAGCACCUGCUGACGGACGACGUGCUUACGAUACCACACUCCGCUACCGUGUACGCUCAGGUGGUAGAGUGUCCAUUAGCACUAGGUUGGCAGCAGCUGAAGACCCUUUCCAACGCUGACGGCGAUAUCCUGCUCCGCGUGCCACCGGAUGUAGUGGCGUGCCGAGGUUCUAACGCCGUCUUCGAUGUACAGCUUAGUCAGCUUCCUGUGGGGAGUUUUCGAAUGCUCACAGAACCGGUUCCGGUGUUCCGAUUUGAAUGGGACAAUCGGAACAAUCUGCAAUUGCAACGCAGCGUGAAGAGUGUGUGCCGAGCACGCAAUGCUGGUUUUCCUCAGGCCGUUUUCAUGUGGUGGGAUCUGACAAUGGACAAAGCAGGGGAUGUGUUGCUCAGCUGUGCCCCGUACUGGGCACAUCCUGAUUUCCAACGACUGAAACUCGCAGCGGAACAGCGGGAACGACGUGUUCCGGAAAGUAAUGUAAUCCCGUGGCGUGACCAUUGGAUGCAGGCCAUCUAUUUCCUGCCAUUGACGAAAAUCCCGGUGCAAUCGGGACACGAGUUUACCCUUCGAGCGUACCAUGAUGAAUAUUCGCUAUGGUUCGCUGUCGGUAAUGAGGACACCGGUAACGAUGGUGCGCCGCACUGUACCUGUGGAUGGCACAUUGCUCAGUCACGUUCGCGGAUCGGUCAGCUGAACGAUAGUUUGCGAAACAAACGGUACCUCAACUACUUCGAGCGUGUGUUUUCGAGUGACUCGGUAGUGCUGGUUCUCAGCGAAGGUUCACUGUUAGGACUGGCCGCCGCACGGAUGGGUGUGAAACAGGUCCUGCUCUACGAACCGAACGCCAUAUCGCGCCGCUGCAUGGAAGCGUUCGUAGAGCACAAUAACGUAAAAAAUGUACAAUUUCUAUCAGCUGCCGAUGCGCUCGAGCCCGUAACCGCCGCCGAGGUGACACACGUAUUCAGCGAACCCCACUUUCCGUCUGCUAUUUUACCCUGGGACAAUCUGCACUAUGGUGAUCUCCUGAAAAACUUGCGUCCAUUGCUGCCACCUAGUGUCACGUACAUUCCUAGCUCGGCCACCCUGUACGCGUUGCCGGUGGAGUUCUUGGAUUUACAAAAAAUCAAUGCCCCUCUGGGCACAUGCGAAGGUUUCGAUUUGUCGCCAAUGGAUCAUCUAAUUGCUGAGCACUCGAUUCUCACGGACUCGCCGGUCGAGGCGCAACCGCUUUGGGAAUAUCCAGCAUACGCUUUAGCAGGACAGAGUCGCCUGAUGGAGAUUAAUUUUGCGAGCGACUUUGAAGAAACGAAGGCAGAGCAGGGAGAAAUGCGUCUACGCGAUCCGGAACGACUGAACGGUAUUGCGAUUUGGGUCGAAUGGCACCUGGACGGCAGCCACAGUCCCAAGACUACCAUCUCGAGUGGACCGCAAGUGCCUGUGGAGGAGUCUUCCGAAGAGCUGAUCCGUUGGAAUGCCAACUGGCGCCAAGGGGUGCAUUUGGUGCGUAGCUAUCCGAACCGAAAAGCAACCAUUCCCUGGACAGUCAAGUUUAACCCAACGCUUAGCAACGUAUACUUUCACUUUGAUUAUAUGGGAAAAUAAAAGAAAUGGUUCAAGAAGACCACAGCUUUGUGUAUUCUUACCAUUAUGGAAACGGUGUUU